UGACUAUACAUAGAACUGUUAGAGAGGGCUCUACAGACGAGUUUACUUCUCAACAAGACUUCACAACAAGACUUGUUAAAACAAAGAAAUGAAGCCAUUUCCCUCCCUCCUGGCAUUGGGGCUGUGCCUGAUGUUCAUCCAGCCAGCACUGUCUACACAGGAAAGUUUGGGUGGCCCUUUCAUUCACAGUUCAAUAGAGGAGGCAAAGAGACUUGUAGAUGAAGCCUACAAGUACUCCAGAGAAAAGAGUCUGGAGAGAGUGCGUGGACAGUCCAUCAGGCCCUCAGAUAUCCUGCGUCUCCUGAAGCAGCCUGCCAGGGACACACGCUCUGCUGUCCGGUCUGCAGACUACCUGGAGAACACCUUGAGACUGAUCCAUGAGAAAGUCCACCACACCCACAGGCUGCACAAACGCUCGCUCAACGCAACAGACCUCCUCACGCCACAGGAGCUAGACACCAUUGCCCGCGUAACCGGCUGUGCAGCUCGUGUCAGCAAACCCUCCUGCCGCACCACACCCAACGUUAACAAGUACCGCACAGCCACCAGCAUCUGCAACAACCUGAAGUAUCCUCGUCUGGGAGCCUCAAACACCCCCUUCACUCGUUGGCUGCCUGCUCAGUAUGACGAUGGGGUCUCUAGACCCAAAAGCUGGGACCCAAACAGGAGCUUCAACAACUUUGUGCUCCCUCUGGUAAGGGAGGUCUCUAACCGUAUCCUGGCAACCAAUGACGCCAGUGUAGAGAGCGAUCGCGAGUUCACACACAUGGUCACUAUUUUUGGCCAGUGGAACGACCAUGACCUGACAUUCACGCCCUCCUCCCCCAGCAUCCGCGCCUUCAGCAACGGCCUGAACUGUGAUGAGAGCUGUGAACGCUCCGAACCCUGUUUCCCCAUCCAGAUUCCUCUCAAUGACCCACGCUUGCCCACUGGCCCAGACAGCUGCAUCCCGGUCUUCCGAUCAGCGCCUGUGUGCGGCACAGGAAAGUCGGCUUUCAAUUUCGGUGACAUGGCCAACAGGAGGGAGCAGAUCAAUGCCCUGAAUGCCUUCCUGGACUUGGGGCAGGUGUACGGCUCUGAGGAGGGGUUGGCGCGUGACCUACGUAACCUCACCAACGACGGAGGCCUGCUGCGUAUCAACAAAGAGUUCAAAGACAACGGACGUGAGUUUCUUCCCUUCACUGAUGUGAAGGGGAACAUGUGUGCCACCCGCAGGAGAAUCACCAACGACACCAAUGCCAAGGAGGUGCCCUGCUUCAUUGCAGGUGAUGUUCGUGUGGAUGAGAACAUAGCUUUGACAUCCAUCCACACAAUGUUCUUGCGUGAGCACAACCGUCUGGCCGGUGCCCUGCUUCGUCUCAACCCACAUUGGGACGGUGAGACACUCUAUCAGGAGGCUCGCAAGAUCAUGGGCGCCUACACCCAGGUGUUUGUGUUCAGGGACUACCUGCCGCACAUCGUGGGCCGAGACACCAUGGCCCGGCAGCUCGGCCGUUACCCGGGCUACAACGAGACGAUUGAUCCCAGCAUUGCCAACGUGUUUGCGACAGCAGCGUACCGCUUUGCCCACCUGGCCAUCCAGCCCACGCUGUCCCGCCUGGACAUCAACAACACGGAGAAUCGCAUGUUCCCCAGCGUGCCCCUUUUCAAGGCCUUCUUCACCCCCUGGAGGCUGGUGUUUGAGGGUGGUAUCGACCCUCUUAUCCGUGGUCUAGUGGGUCGCCCUGCUAAGCUGAACACCCAGGACCACAUGAUGGUGGAUGCUCUGAGGGAGAAACUCUUCCAGUUCAUAAACCAUCUGGCUCUGGACCUGGGCUCUCUCAACAUGCAGCGUGGACGUGACCAUGGCCUGCCUGACUACAACGCUUGGCGUAAAUUCUGUGGGCUCUCAACACCUAGUAACCUGGACGAGCUGGCCGUGGUUCUGAACAACACAGACCUGGCCUUUAGACUGCUGCAGCUCUACGGCACCCCAGAUAACAUUGACGUGUGGAUGGGGGGCGUGGCUGAACCCUUCGUACACAGGGGCCGCGUCGGGCCUCUCUUCGCCUGCCUCAUCGCCACCCAGUUCCAGAGGAUCCGCCAGGGAGACAGGCUAUGGUAUGAAAACCCAGGCGUCUUCACCUCGGCACAGAGGAAGGCCCUGAAGAAUGUCACUCUGGCUCAGAUCAUCUGUGACAACACUGGCAUUACAGCCGUAUCACGUGACCCCUUCAGCAUCCCUGGGGGAGAGAACACACCCAUCAAGUGCAACAACAUCCAGCAAUUAAACCUUAGUGCCUGGAAGGAGAGCGCUUCUACGGCCGAUUAGGAGCAGCAUGAGAAUUCGGACCAGGACAACGAGAUCUGAUGUGAGCCCCUCCCUCGUACCCACCUGGACACCCCAGGGCCCAGCAGCAACAUAUGCCAUCAGCAGCUCUCCGCCUUCUCUGUCCAGCUGACCGACAACUUCCUCACACACAACAAAGCCAUCGUUUUUAGCCAGGUUCUCUACAACAGACCGAACCAUUACAAUACAAAGUCAGGGGUGUUCCUAACCACCAGCACCACAUCUGGUGAUACCAGUUUUCCUUUAGUUUCUCAGUGUGGACCUGUGGCUUAACAAUGAGGUGAAUUGUGUCAAUGGCCUCACUUCAGACAGCUUCUGCACUUCUUGCAGUUGGUCAAGGUCAAUUAACCAGUAAGGGUGUUUGCCAUUUAAACAGGAUUUAAAUGUUUAAAUAUUUUCUUUGGAAUCUUCUAUUUUGUUAUGCCUUUGUUAUUGUGACUUCUUAUGUGUUGCUAUGACAAUCAAUCAAGGAGUACUUCAUAAAUUUGUAUGUAUUGAUUUAUGCGAAGAAAUGUAAAAGACUUGCCUUUAUAAAAGCGUUUGGAAAUCAUAAAGUAUUUUUUCCCCAAAGAAUUCCUAUAUACACACCGCCUUACCUCAAUCACAUACGAUGGCACUAAACGUGGUACUAAUGUCAAUCAGCUAGAAGUUCUAGUAGCACAUUUUGGAUAAUUGUGUAAUUAGUUUAUUAUCAACAAUCUUAGAUUAUAUUUGUAGCCUAUGUUCAUGUCAGUUAUCAUAAGACUUUGCUAAUUGUAGAUUUUGCGCACCUUCUGAAUUUUGAUUUCGCUAAUAUUUUAUUGAAACACUGUAUUCGUGUGUUUUAUUGCGUAAAUAAGCACUGCAUCAGUAAAUGAAAAUAAAAAGACUUAAGACAGAAA